AUGGCCCAGCCGGCCCACGGCAUCCAUUCCAUCUUUGGCCUCCAGUGCUGCUUCCUCUUCCUUCUAGCUUCCCAGGAGGCAGACAAGACCACUGAAAAGACCACACAAAAGCCAGGAAAACCUAGUGAACAAAAACAACCAACCAGGUCAAGUCAUGAGAGGACCACAGGAGCCCCAGAAAAUCCCACGAGACAUGGAGGAAAGACCACAUCAGGCCAUGAAAAACUCACAGGAGCCCCUGCAAAGCCUGUGGAACAUGGAGGAAAGACCACAUUGGGCCACAUGAGGACCGCGGGGACCCCAGAAAUGCCCACGGGACAUGGGGGAAGCACUGCGUUGGGCCACGAGAGGACCACAGGGCCCCUAGAAACACCCACGGGACACGGAGGAAGCACCACAUCGGGCCACAAGUGGACUGCAGGGCACCCAGAAACACCCACAGGGCAUGGAGGAAAGACCACAUCAGGCCAUGAGAGGACCACGGGGGCCCCAGAAACACCCACGGGACAUGGGGGAAGCACCAUGUCAGGCCACAAGAGGACCGCGGGGGCCCCAGAAAUGCCCACGGGACAUGGGGGAAGCACCGCAUUGGGCCAUGAGAGGACCACGGGGCCCCUAGAAACAGCCACGGGACACGCAGGAAGCACCACGUUGGGCCACGAGUGGACUGCGGGGCCCCCAGAAACACCCACAGGACAUGGAGGAAAGACCACAUCAGGCCAUGAGAGGACCACGGGGGCCCCAGAAACACCCAUGGGACACGGGGGAAGCACCGUGUCAGCCCACGAGAGGACCUCGGGGGCCCCAGAAAUGCCCAUGGGACACAGGGGAAGCACCACGUUGGGCCACGACAGGACCUCAGGGCCCCCAGAAACGCCCACGGGACAUGGAGGAAACACCACAUUGGGCCACGAGUGGACUGUGGGGCCCCCAGAAACACCCACAGGACACGGAGGAAAGACCACAUCGGGCCACGAGAAGACCACGGGGCUCCCAGAAAUGCCCACGGGACAUGGAGGAAGCACCGUGUCGGGCCACGAGAGGACCAUGGGGGCCCCAGAAAGGCCCACAGCACACGGAGGAAGCACCACAUCAGGCCAUGAGAGGAUCAGUGGAGCCCCAGGAAAACCCAUGGGACAUGAAGGAAAGACCACACCGAUCCAUGAGGGAAGCACUGGAGCCCCUGCAAAGCCCACAGAACAUGGAGGAAAGACCAAAUGGACCCAUUACAAGAACUCAGGAGCUCCAGCAGAAUCUACUAGACAUCAAGAAAAGACCACAUUGGCCACUGAGACCAUAAAAUCCCCAAUUAAACACACAGAAAAUUCAACAAAAGUCACAGCAGCCACAGAGAGUAUAAGACCUCCAGUGAAGGUCACAGGACACACAUCUAUUAGUACUACCUCUCCUUGUCCAAAUAAAACUGAGGUUUCCCGUCAUGUGCCAGUUGGUUCUUUUACAGCCACCAGGUCGAUCAUGUCGGAAGCCCCUGACAAGAGCCAUCCACACCAGAACAAAGAUGGCUCACAAGGAGAUUUCCAUGCUGGAGAGAUGGGGGAGAAUGAUUCCUUCCCUGCAUGGGCCAUAGUUAUCGUGGUCCUGUUGAUCGUGAUUCUCCUCCUGGUGUUCCUUGGCCUGAUCUUCUUGGUCUCCUAUUUGGCACGAACACGCCGUGCACUGAUCCAGAACACUGAGAACAAUGACCCAGAGGAUAAUGGGGGCCCCAAUUCCUACCCAGUCCACCUGAUGGAGCAACAGACUCUCGGCAUGGCCCAGAUCUCUUCCCCAUGA